UACGUAUACGAUCACAGCUCGGCGGACAUUUUUUUUAACGCAAAUGUCCGCUACCAGGUUCGCAUCGUUCUCAAGAGCGGCGAAUCUUCGGUAUGACGCUGGUCUAUUCGUUGUAGUAUAGUUCAGUGAUGCAUACAAUACUGUGACCGAUUCAUACGAAUACACAUGCAUACACAUACCUACCGCCAUAUUGCUCCGUUUGAAAUAUGAUUGAACCGAUUGAACCAGCCGCAGAGAGCGGGAAAUGAAGUAAUAAACAAAAUGGCGUCCGAGGGACCCGCGAACGAAUCAGAGCUGCUUGCGGUUGACGAGAGUCUCAUGAGCUUGGAAAAAUUGGAUCGAGCAUCGCCGGACCUGUGGCCUGAACAAACGAAUGAUGAAGUUCCAGGUGUGAACGAAUACGUCGCUCAAAAUUCCCCUCAAACAGAACCACCUUCGUGGGCAGCGACUCUUGCAGCUGAUGAUAUAAAUAAACUCCAUCAGCUCGGUAACCUUUCAAUGACUGGUCUUAUUACAGAAGUUAAAAAACUUCACGAUACUGCGUACCAACUGGGGUUAGAAGAGGCCAAAGAAAUGACUCGUGGAAAAUAUUUAAACAUAUUUAAACAUAAAUAGUUUCAUAAAAUUAGAAUAAGUGUACUUAUGUAUGUAUGUAAAUAUUUUUUUGAAUGAACUCUUUAUAGAAA